CCGUAAAGAGGUAAAAGCCUGGUAGCAUUCGGAAGGGAAGACAACAGAAUGGGUUUGAUGUAGGGGAGGCGGUGGCCGUUUCACCCCCGAGCGACUAUCAAUCACCUGGACUAUUGUGGUCCUGCGCAGUUUACCAGCAGAAAGGACAGGAAGGCGGAGGGAUGAGACGGGGAAGAAGAAGGGGGAAGAUGGCGACCGAGGGGCCUACGUACCCACCGCCAACCCUCGUCCCAUUGCUCAUGAGUGUGGUGGCCGUCCUGAUCUCGCACCAUAUCUUCAAUGCAGCCGCCCAGGUCCCAGAUCCAGAGCUACUGCCAACAGAUCCUCCAAAAAAGCCAGAUCCGGUCACCUCUGAAACGGUGGUGUUUUGGGGUUUGAGAUUAUGGCAGGUCGUAGGCAUUUUCUCCAUGUUUGUCUUAGCAAUUAUAAUAACACUAUGCUGCAUCUUCAAAUGUCGGAUUCCACGGACGAAAAAAGAGAUCGAGGCUCGACAUGCACAAAGAGAGGCAGCGAAAACAUACGCCAACACACUGGAGACCGUACCGCCCCUCAAUGAGCUCACAGAGGUGCCAGGAGCGGUUAAGCUUGAGGCGAAGGAGGAAGUGCCGACCGUCGCGGGAAAGGUUGACGGGGAAAAGGCCGCCAAAAAGAAAGACAAGGAAGGCAAAAAAGAAGGCAAAGGUGCAAAAGAUGGGAAAGAAGGGAAGGAGGAUGAAAAAGACGAAACCACGAAAAAGAAAGGAGAGAAGGGAGAGAAAGGAGAUAAAGGAGUGUCAAAGAAAGAAGCAACAGAGGGAGGGAAAAGUAAAAAGGGAGGUGGAGAAAAAGGAGAGGAAAAAGAAAGCAAAGCAGGCGGAGCCAAGAGCAGUGCCAAAAAGCCUGCAAAAAAGUAAACAUUCAGUCAACCUAAAAGGGAUAGUUUGCCCUGAUAUAAAGAUUUGGUUGUUUCGUGUUUGGAGUGACAUGAGGAAAAACAAAAAUGUUCAUUUCUGGGUAGACUAUUCCUUUAAUGACGUGUGCUAAACUUUAAACUUUAGCCAUUAUUUA